AUGAAAUACUCGACCCCGGCGGCCCCUCUCUCUGCUUUCAGGCAAUUCCCGAAAGGAAAACUCUACUCCGUCACACCCAUGAAUUGCGAUACACAAUGCCCCCUUCAGACACGUUUCGACGGCACAGGCGCGAUACAGAAUGAGCUAGCGGAUACACCGUGCUCGUCUCUCGGCGUCUCUGGUCUUCUGCAGAAGCUCAACGAGGUCUUCGGUACAACGUAUCGGCUGAACAGCCACUUGUCCUCUUUGCUCGGCAGCUACGUGAAAAGGGCAGACUGCGACUUUGGAAGGGUCUAUGGCGAAGUUCGGCGCGGGUGGCUCUGUGACGUGGACCGUCUGCAAGGUCGUUUGGAGAGAGGCGCACGGCAAGACUACGGGAUGCGCAAGAGGGCUAUCGACUCUAACCGAGGCCUCAUCGUCCAGCCCCGCACCCCACCACGUCGUGUAUGGGACCUGUACAGCAACCGCGUCCUUCCCUUCUGGGUGCUCCUCUCCAAGGACAUACCGAGGAACCUUUGGGCGGUUUCGCACAGCUGGGUGAAUGAUAGACAGCGCAAGUUCAUCAGAACGCGCGUGAACGGUUUUGAGUGGGUAUUGCCUAUUCCCCGCGACGUCGAACUCGGCCACGUGCGCAUCGAGCUACUGAACCUGGGCGCCGAGUACGUCUGGUUGGACGUGCUUUGUCUGAGACAGCAGGUGGAUGAAGAAAGACAGGCGUUGCGGCAGGAGGAGUGGAGACUCGACGUCCCCACUAUCGGACAUGUCUUCCGGUGCAAGCCAUCGCAGGUGGUCAUCACGUAUUUCAGCGGUCUCGGUAGGCCAUUCUGCGUAACCGCGGAGAUGUUCAACGACGAAAGGAGCUGGCUCAACCGAGUCUGGACGAUGCAGGAGACUACCUCCAACUGGCUCCUCGGAGGGCUGGUGCCUGAGGAGUUCAUGGUUCGGAAGGAGGACUUGGACUUGCCGACACAGUUCCACGACGGGGUUUGCAUCUUACGAAGCCGGCGCGGUACUCACCAUAUCGACCAAGUCAGCGCGUUGGGACUCCUCUUGAAGUGUCCCGCUCUGCCGAUCUACGACGCGAAGCAGUGCUGCGAAGACGGUUGGGGCCAGCUCGUGCAGCAGAUGUCG